AACAAAUAACAUGAUUUAGAAGCCAGCUGAUAUUACAUCUCCAUUGCUGCCAAAUAUGAACAUAAAUCCAAUUGAAUUCCUAUAUGUUUUGGUUCCAUGAAUGUUUUGUCGUUAUUACCUGUUGCCGUUAAGGAUUUUCUCUUUUUAUCUCUUGAUGGGUUCUUGUCUCUGACACUGAAAAAGUUCUGAGAAAAAAAAGGAAGAAAAAAGAGGAAGCUUCCUUAAGGCUGAAGCUCUUUAGGGUUUUUUUUUUUUCCUGCAAUGGGUUUGAGUAGAACUCACAAGACUGCCAAUGGAGUUUCUACCAGAUGGGUUUCUUUCUUUUGCAUUGCUAGCUUCUUCUUGGGUGUGCUUGUUAUCAACAGAUUGUGGACUAGUUCCGAUCCUGUCAAAAUCAAUGAGGCUUCUUCUGUACUGACACAUGGGAGAAAGGAAGUUCAUCCCUUGGUUAAUUGUGAUAAGGAUACUUCUGUCGAGGCAGGUGAUAUUCUUUCUCGAGUUUCACAAACUCAUGAUGUAAUUAUGACAUUAGACAAAACAAUCUCCUCAUUGGAGGUGCAGCUAGCUGCUGCUAGAGCUGCCAAGGGAGAUAGUAAUGAAGGAUCUCCGAUGGUUACAAAACCUGGAAUCGAGAACUUGAAGGAACGCCCGAAACUUUUCUUUGUUAUGGGAAUUAUAACAGCAUUCAGCAGUAGGAAAAGAAGGGACUCAAUCAGGGAAACUUGGAUGCCUCAAGGGGAGGAAUUAAAGAGGUUGGAGAAAGAGAAGGGAAUUAUAAUGCGAUUUGUCAUAGGACACAGUGCAACCCCGGGUGGUAUUUUGGAUCGAGGGAUCGAAGCUGAAGAGGAGCAAUACAAGGAUUUUCUGCGCCUGAAUCACAUAGAAGGUUACCAUGAAUUAUCAUCGAAAACCCAAAUAUACUUUUCCACAGCCGUCGCUAAGUGGGAUGCAGACUUUUAUAUUAAAGUUGAUGAUGAUGUACAUGUAAAUCUGGGUAUGGUGGGUUCUACAUUGGCCCGUCACAGAUCAAAACCCCGUGUUUAUAUCGGUUGCAUGAAAUCUGGACCUGUUCUAGCACAGAAAGGGGUCAAAUACCAUGAGCCAGAAUAUUGGAAAUUUGGUGAGGAGGGAAACAAAUACUUCAGGCAUGCAACCGGACAAAUAUAUGCAGUGUCCAAAGACUUGGCAACCUACAUCUCCGUCAAUCGGCACAUACUUCAUAGAUAUGCAAACGAAGACGUCUCUUUAGGUUCUUGGUUUAUUGGUCUUGAUGUCGAGCAUAUCGACGAACGAAGCCUCUGCUGUGGUACUCUCUUGGAUUGCGAGUGGAAAGCUCAAGCAGGGAAUCCAUGUGGUGCAUCUUUUGAUUGGAGCUGCAGCGGCAUUUGCAAGUCCGUGGAGAGAAUGCAGGAAGUACAUCAGCGAUGCGGGGAGGGCGACGAUGCCAUAUGGCAUACAAGCUUCUAAAACACACUGUCACUAACCUGUUGGUACAGGAUUAAAUUAAUUAACGCACAUAUUCUCAUUUAUCAUUCA